UAUCCUCACUCUCAUACCCCCUCCACCUCUCCCUCUUGACAAAUUUUAAUGAUCCACGCAAGCUCAACAGAAUGUGGAGAAACAAGUGAAGGAAAGGAGCUUGGAUUGAAUUGAUUGGAUUGGAUUGGAUUGUAUUAGGAUAUUUCAUUUUGUUUGAACAAAUUAGAACCAAUUAUUUUGGAGGAAUUAGGAGAGAAAAAAGAAGGAAAGAAUGGAUUUUCAGAUGAUGAGAGUGCAAAGCCUCUCUGAAGGGGGCAUAGCAGAGGUGCCAGCCCAAUAUAUCCAGCCCCCUGAGGAACGACCGCCCAUUAGUGAUGACCUCACAAUAAUAGAUAACAGUGAUGAAGAAAAUGUCCCCAUGAUUGAUGUUUUUGGGUUCGACUCGGAGCAGAGGGAUACUGUUUGCAAACUAAUUGGUGAUGCCUGCGCCCAAUGGGGCGCCUUCCAUAUUACCAACCAUGGAGUUCCAUUUGAGUUGCUGGACCAGAUUAGGGGCGUAGGGUUAUCUUUCUUUAAAGACUGCCCCGACAAAGAUAAGCUCAAAUAUGCCUGUGAUCCCAAUUCUCCUGCUUCUCAGGGGUAUGGCUCUAAGAUGCUGCGCCCUGAAGCUGAAGCUGAAGCUGAAGCUGAAGCUGAAACCUCAACUGUUUUGGACUGGAGGGACUACUUCGAUCACCAUACCCUACCACUCUCUCGCCGUGACCCUUCUCGCUGGCCCCACUUCCCUUCCAAUUACAGGCAAGUUGUGGCACAUUAUAGUGAUGAGCUCAAAUUGGUUGCACAGAAGCUGCUGGGGCUUAUAUCAGAGUCUCUGGGACUGCCAACUUCUUGCAUUGAGGAUGCUGUCGGGGAAUUUUAUCAAAACAUUACUAUAAGCUACUACCCUGCUUGUCCUCAACCGCAUCUUACACUGGGUCUUCAGUCCCAUUCUGAUAUGGGUGCCAUCACACUUCUCAUCCAAGACCAUGUCGGGGGCCUUCAGAUUUUCAAAGACUCUCGGUGGAUCACUGUCCAUCCUCAAUCUCAUGCUAUUCUUGUUAUAUUGGCUGACCAAAUGGAGAUUAUAACCAAUGGGAAGUAUAGGAGUGCUCAACAUCGAGCCAUUACAAAUUCCAGCAGUCCACGGCUCUCAGUUGCCACCUUUCAUGACCCGGCCAAGACGGUGAAAAUAUCCCCUGCUUUUGAGCUAACUAGCAACUCAUCCCCGCCCAAGUACCGUGAAGUUAAGUAUGGAGAUUAUGUGUCAUCAUGGUAUACCAAAGGCCCAAAGGGGAAACGGAACAUCGAUGCCCUCCUCAUCAAUAGUUAGAUCUUCCCCGUUUUCAUGUUGACCUGUUCUGUUUUCUUGCUUUGAUGGGAAAAAGGAAUUUAUUAGGAUAAGCAUAUGCCUCUACAUUUAAUCUUUCAGGAUUUUUGUGUUUCAUUGUUAUAGUGUUUCUCCAUGGAUGUCUUUGAUGGUGUUUCUCCUUUAAAUAUUUUUUGGGAUUGGACA